AUGAGCCCGCUGGUGACGCUCUAUGAUCAGCUGAGUGAAACGAUCGGAUUAUUCAUCGCCGGGAGCAGUCAGCAAGAAGCAACGGCGGGCGGCAGCCUCGCGGCCGCCAUGACGGGUAACAUCAUCACCGAGGCCAACUCGACGGACGACAUUUUGAAGGUCUAUCACAAUGCCACGCAUCACCGCAGCGAGGCCAAGCCAAUCGCAGCCCUAGUGCUGGGCGGGUUGUCGCUAGUGGCUUUGGGGCUUAAUCUGACGCUGCUCAUCUACAUUCUCGUCAACAAGCUCUACCACAACUUCAUCUCGUCCCACUUUAUCAGCCACCUCUGCAUCACGAACAUUUUCACGAUUUUUAUCGUGAUCCCGAUGUACGCGUGGACACUGUGGACCGGGGUCAACAUUUGGGAGGAGAGCCAUUACAUGUGCCGGAUACAGACACUACUCGUUUGCACUGUCUGGACGGUGAUGGCCGCGAUGCACCUGUGCACGGCUGGCGUACACUUGUUGACGUUCGCACGGAUCCACUACGAGCAGUUGUUCGGGCUGGCGCCGAAGGUCAUCUGCGUGCUGUCGUGGGUGAUCUCCGUACUGCUCGCGCUGCCCGCCGUCACGAAUGGCCACAUCGUCGUCUACGACCCGAAUAUGAGAAGCUGCGUCUGGGGGCACAGCGACUCGGCGAUCAAAUUCCUCGCCUAUGUGCUCAUUCUUGGCGUGUUCUUCCCAGUCCUCUUUUCCUCCUAUGCCUACGUACGGGUGCUCGGCAUUCUCUACCACAGCCCUAUCGUCUUCCAGUCAAUCGGCCUCUACAAGAGCCGAUGGCUUGUCUACGCCUUUUUGAUAACACCGUUCUACCAGCUCCCGUUCUAUUUGGUGACAACGACAGGCUGGUGGAGGGUGGAGCGGGACGGCUCAAAUGUACCCAUCAUCGCCAUGUGCGUCGCGUUCACGAAUGUGCUCAUCUCGCCCGUGCUCUACGGGGCCUCGCUGUUCAUGAUGAAGGAGGAGGACAUGACGCUCACCGCGCGGGCACACAAAGCCGGCACCGCCGGCUACCACCAACAUCACAACAUCGCAGCCCAGGCCCAACUCAUA